AAGCCUAUAAAGUAGGCGCCAGGGGCACGUGACUCCCUCUCGCCUCUCCCAGCUUCUGUUGCCGUCGCCAUCAUGGACACCGGCCGCGUGCAGCCCAUCAAACUGGCUCGGGUCACCAAGGUGCUGGGCAGGACCGGUUCUCAGGGCCAGUGCACCCAGGUGCGCGUGGAGUUCAUGGACGACACGAGUCGGUCCAUCAUCCGCAACGUGAAGGGCCCCGUGCGGGAGGGGGAUGUGCUCACCCUGCUGGAGUCGGAGCGGGAGGCCCGGAGGCUGCGGUGAGACCGACCGGUGGAGGCCCCUAGGCUGCUGGUCGUGGAAGCACUGCUAAGGGAUGUGUAAAAUAAAGAGUUUUGUCUAA